AUAUCAAGUGCGGCUCCCUUCCCGGCCGGUCGCUGUGUGAUGAGAGAUCCAUCCGCCAAGGGGACUCAUUGACGUGAACGCCGCGGAGGGACGCGCCCCGCUGCUUCACCACCUCUCAGCCCCGCGGAAGGCCCUCCCUUCCGCCUCUCACUGCCCACUGUGUAGCCCGCGGGUGCAGAGGAGCCGCUGGGGGCCCGAUAAAGGGCGGGGUCACUUGAGGGGGCGCGGAAGGAGGUCGGUGAUGUGUCUUCAAGAUGGCGGCUGCGGAGAGUGAGGGGGAGAAGCGACUGUGAAGGAGCAAAACAACAAUAAGAAGGAAGAACCUUCCCGGUGAGAAGUCGCAGCUCUGAUCUCUGGAGAGGACAUCGAUUGGUGGCGUUCUGGCCAAUCCACAGAGGAGAUUGGUGGCUUUGUUCAGCUUGAGGAUUAUGUGAUUCACUUCCACGCCCUUUUUCUUUUGGAUUGAACCUUCUUCAGCUUGCAAUCGGUGAAAACCCCCCCCCCCCACCUCAUCAAAAUGGAGUAUGAUGAGUUCAUCCCGCCCCCGGAGUGCCCCGUUUUCGAGCCGACUUGGGAGGAGUUUGCCGACCCUCUGGGCUAUAUAGCCAGGAUCAGACCCAUCGCGGAAAAGUCGGGAAUAUGCAAAAUCCGCCCGCCUGUAGACUGGCAGCCGCCGUUUGCAGUUGAAGUGGAUAACUUUCGUUUCACCCCUCGCAUACAGAGACUCAAUGAGUUGGAGGCUGAAACCAGAGUGAAGCUUAACUACUUGGACCAAAUUGCAAAGUUCUGGGAGAUUCAGGGGUCCUCGCUCAAAAUCCCCAACGUGGAGCGCAGAAUUCUGGACUUGUACACCCUCAGCAAGAUUGUGCGGGAAGAGGGUGGAUAUGAGCUGAUCUGCCGAGAGAGAAGGUGGUCGCGUGUGGCGCAGCGCAUGGCGUAUCCCUCAGGAAAGAACAUCGGCUCCCUUCUAAGAUCCCACUACGAACGCAUCAUAUACCCUUUCCGCAUGUACCAGUCUGGGACAAACAUGGCGGACUGCGGGGAACGGCCGCGCUACGACAACGAAGAGAAGGAUAAGGAGUACAAACCCCACAGCAUUCCCUUACGCCAGUCUGUGCAGCCUUCCAAAACCACCAGCUACGGGCGACGCGCCAAGCGCCUUACUCAGGAGGAUCCUGACAACUCAGAUCCUGCCUCUCAAAGCUCCUCUCAGCCCCCCGAAACAUCACCACCCUGGCCCGAACCAACAGAAGAGGACAUAGAGAAGAACCCGGAGCUAAAGAAACUUCAGAUCUAUGGUGCAGGCCCAAAAAUGAUGGGGCUCGGUCUGGUGGCAAAAGACAAAAACCUGCGCAAGAAAGAAGGCGAUGUCCCGGAAUGCCCGCCGACGCUGGUGGUGAAGGACGAGGUUGGAGAGCCGGAGGAGAGCAAACUGUACAUAAAGCGCGAGAGGUCGCUCAGUCCGGAGCCCUGCACUAAGAUGACCAUGCGGCUGCGUAGGAAUACCAGCAGUGCCCAGUUUGUAAGUCGUGUAAGACACUUUGGGGUGGAUUCCUACGUCUGCCGCAUCUGUACCCGCGGGGAUGACGAUGAGAAGUUAUUACUGUGCGAUGGCUGUGAUGACAACUACCACACCUUCUGCCUGCUACCCCCACUUCCUGAACCCCCAAAAGGCCUUUGGCAUUGUCCCAAAUGUGUUAUGGCGGAAUGUAAACGUCCUCCUGAAGCCUUUGGGUUUGAACAGGCGACCCGGGAAUACACCCUGCAGAGUUUUGGCGAGAUGGCGGAUUCUUUUAAGGCAGAUUAUUUCAAUAUGCCGGUUCAUAUGGUGCCCACAGAGCUGGUGGAGAGGGAGUUUUGGCGUCUGGUGAACAGUAUAGAGGAGGAUGUUACGGUGCAGUACGGAGCGGACAUUCACUCCAAGGAGUUUGGCAGUGGCUUCCCUAUGAUGGAUGGGAAAUCGGAGCUGACUCCGGAGGAGAAGACAUAUGCCACCAGCGGCUGGAACCUGAAUGUGAUGCCCGUGCUUGAGCAUUCUGUGCUGUGUCACAUCAAUGCAGACAUUUCUGGCAUGAAGGUGCCCUGGCUGUAUGUGGGCAUGGUGUUUUCAGCUUUUUGUUGGCACAUCGAAGAUCACUGGAGCUAUUCCAUCAACUAUCUUCAUUGGGGUGAACCCAAGACCUGGUACGGGGUGCCCUCCUCUUCUGCCGAGCAGCUUGAAGAGGUCAUGAAGAAACUCACCCCGGAGCUCUUCGACAGUCAGCCGGAUCUGCUGCAUCAGUUGGUUACCCUAAUGAACCCCAACACACUCAUGUCUCACGGUGUUCCGGUGGUUCGCACCAACCAAUGUGCCGGGGAGUUUGUCAUCACAUUCCCAAGAGCCUAUCACAGCGGCUUCAACCAGGGCUACAACUUUGCUGAAGCCGUCAACUUCUGUACGGCUGACUGGCUCACAGCAGGCAGAAAAUGUAUUGAUCAUUACCGCCGCCUCCGGAGAUACUGCGUCUUCUCCCACGAAGAGCUCAUUUGCAAGAUGGCUGCAUGCCCCGAGAGACUGAACCUCAUCCUGGCGGCGGCGGUACACAAGGAGAUGCUCUUGUUGGUUCAGGAGGAGCGGAGGUUGCGGAAAGCGUUGAUGGAGAGAGGAAUCACAGAGGCGGAGCGGGAAGCCUUCGAACUUCUUCCUGAUGACGAAAGACAGUGUCAGAAGUGCAAGACCACCUGCUUCCUGUCCGCGUUGGCCUGUUACAACUGCCCUCAGGGCCUGGUGUGUCUCUAUCACAUCGAUGACUUGUGUCAGUGCCCACCUUCCCGACAGUAUCUCAGGUAUCGUUACACCCUGGAUGAGCUUCCAGCAAUGUUACACAAGUUAAAAGGUCGGGCUGAAUCCUAUGACACCUGGGCAAAUAAAGUGCGGCGUGCUCUGGAAUUCCAAGAUGGCGGCAAGACAGAGCUCCAACAUCUGCGGGUCUUAGAAACGGAGGCUGCAGAGAAAAAAUUUGCACAGAACGAUCUGUUACAGGAACUGAAAAAUAUCAUCCAAGAGGCCGAAUCGUGUAUGAGUGACUCCAAGAAACUGCUGGAUGACCCGCACCCCGCCAGAAGUAAUGCUGCAGUCAUGACUCUGGACAGUUUACAUAAGCUUAUUCAUCGUAUCCAAGCUCUUCCAUGUGUCUUGAAUCAGCUGACAAAGCUGGAGGACCUUUUGGAGAAGGCAGAAGUCUUGCAAGAAGAAGCAAAGAAGUGUUUGCAGUCUCUGCCAGGUAGCGCCCCUCAGAUGCAGGACAUGGUUAAGCGGUGCCAUUCUCUAGGAGUGCUCCCACCUGAAGCCGAGCAGUUAGAGAGGCACAUGCGCCAAGGGGAGUGGUUAUCGCGGGUGCGGGCAGCUCUGGUCGCCGGGCGGUCGGGCACUCUUCAGGAAUUGCGCUCUCUGCUUCAGGAAGCGGUGGAGGUGGCGGAGAGCCCUGCGGUGGAGAAAGCUCGCAGCGAGCUGCAGGAACUGAUCACCAUCGCUCUACGCUGGGAAGAGAAGGCGAAAAUGUGCUUGGAGGCCAGGCAAAAGCAUUCACCUGCCACACUAGAGGCAAUCAUUAAAGAAGCAGAGAACAUCCCCGUACAGCUUCCCAAUACCCUGAGCCUGAAGGAAGCCCUUUGUAAGGCCCGAGCCUGGAGUGCUGAUGUGGAUGAGAUCCAGAGCGGGGAUCAUUACCCAUGCCUGGAUGACUUGGAAGGGUUGGUGGCUGUGGGUCGGGACUUACCUGUAAAAAUGGACGAGCUGCAUCAGCUAGAGGUACAAGUGACGGCUGCAAACUCCUGGAGGGACAAAGCCGCCAAGACCUUCCUGAGGAAGAGCUCGUGCUUCACCCUAUUGGAGGUGCUGUGCCCGAGUGCGGAUAUUUCCUCAAGCAAUACGAAAAGGGCUCAGUGGAGGAAGGAGAAAGAACGGGGUCUGUACCGAUCAGACAUGGAGAGCCUGGGGCUGUCUGCACAGGACAUGCGGGACCCUGGCUGCAUAGUCCUGGCAUUUAAAGAAGGUGAACAGAAGGAGAAAGCCGGCAUUCUGAGGUUACGGACAAUGAAUUCUUCCAUGGAGAGACGUUGCGUUUGCGUGUGCGGAGAGCCCCCGGCAGAGCUAAUGAUCCGCUGUGAACUUUGCCAGGACUUAUUUCACGGGCUGUGCGUCCCCACCCCCAGACUGACUUCUUCUCACCGCGGUACACACUCCUCCCCUCCUCCGGCCUGGUGGGAAUGGGACAGCCGCUUCUUGUGCCCGCUCUGCGUGCGGUCGCGCCGCCCCCGGCUGCAGACCAUCCUGUCUCUGUUGGUCGCUCUGCAGAAACUGUCCGUACGGUUGCCGGAGGGGGAGGCACUGCAAUGUUUAACGGAAAGGGCCAUGAGCUGGCAGGACCGAGCGCGCAGGGUCUUGGCGACGCCGGAGAUAUCGGCCGCCGCAGCAACCUUGGUGGAGAAACGGAAGAAGCUGCAACACAACAAAGACCCUCAGGCACUGAGAGAGACGACCUGCAAUGAGCAGACGCCUCUACCCCAUGAGAAUGGAGACUCCCACUUGGAGAACUGCACGGCAAUGCCAGAUCUGGAUGCCAUGGCCGCUCUCCUCCCUCAAAACGAAAAGACGCCGUUCCUGGAAAUGUCCAUCGGCUCUCGGGCGCUUUUAGAAGACCUGAUGCUGGAAGGGGAUCUCCUCGAAGUGACGCUCGAAGAAGAACUGAGUAUUUGGAGAUUGCUGCAAGUGUCGCAGACGGCGUGUGUGGAGAGACUAAAGACUCUUAUAGAAAUCGACCGGUGCGAACGGAGGGCCAACCGUCCGAAGGGAAAAGACCACGAUAAGAGGAAGAAGAGGAGGAGCGAGCGGGUGGAAGGGGGUUACCCCCCACCAACACUCCAGAAGGAGGAGGUGGGACCAAAGAGAAGUCGCAGUGAUCGGGCACUGGACACAGCACCUGAGAAGGAGGGUCCAAGGAAAGUGGGGACAGAAAGUAACCAGAAUGGAGAGCGUUUGUGACACUCGGCCUGAAGACCCCCAACGCUCUCCAAAUCUGUGAUGGUGACGUUCUUACCAGACAACACGUUCAGUUUUACCUCCGCUGAAGAAUGGUGAGAGGCAACUGUGGGGAGGAAAGGGUGACGAGACCCGUACCCCCCCCCCCCUCCUCUCUACCUCUUACACAGCAAUUCUGUUCUCCCUUCUCCCCUGAAGAUUGGGGGGGUGUACCUCCUCUGGGGACAUCUAGUUGAAGCUGGUGCUACCGUCGCAUGACAAUUGUCAGUGCUUGCCUAUGGACUUUGUGGACCCUUAGACACGUGGGGGGGGGGGGGGGUUCCCCCUUUUUUUUUUUCUAUAUAUAUAUAUGUCUCAAAUCCAAGCAAUUACUUUGAAGGGAGUCGCACUAGAGGCCCUUGUCUGUCCUGCCCUGAAGGAAUGGGGGACCCCCUGACAAGCAUGUUUAUUUUUUAUCCCCCCCCCCUUUCUGUCCCCGAAAGCCUGAAGCCACAAGACCAAGACCAGCAUCUGGUGCCGCGUGGAUGGGGCUUCUAAUGUCACAAAGAAAGUGGAACAUUUAUUUUAUUUUUUCUUUUGGGCUUGGGAGGGGGUCACCCCUUUUAUUUUAUUUAUUCUAUUCUCCUCGUGUUUGAUAGUUUUCACUAUGCGCCCCCCCCCCCCCACUCGUCCUUCUCCUCCUAUAGUCCAGGAUUCACAGGGCUCUCUCUCUGCACCUCCAGCCCCAAGUUAAGACAUGUUCACUUUGUUCAGGACACUUUUGUUUAAAAAGUUUAAAAAAAAAAAAAAAGAAAAAAAUUUCUAAGUAAUGUAAAAGGUUAAAAAAAUGUACCCUUUAAAAUUCCCUUGUGGAGGGUUAUCUUUUCUGACAUGUAGAAAUAAAGCUAGAGGUUUUUUUUUGGA